GCGGCUACUCCGCGGCCUCCAAGCGGCCGCUUGGCUAGGCGGGGCCGGACGUGAGCGCACUUCCGAGGGGAGCGGCCUAGCUGCGGGGCUGCUGCUGCUGUUGUCGCCUGUUGCGUGGGCCCGGCGGCGAGGAUGGCAGCCAGGAGUUUGACUCCCAAGACACCUGUAUUGUCUGUCAGCGCAAGAAAAAUCAAAGAUAACGCUGCGGACUGGCAUAAUUUGGUGAUGAAAUGGGAGACUCUGAAUGAUCAAGGAUUUAACACUGCAACCAAAAUCGUGAAUAUCAAAAUUGCCAGUGAAUCUAAAGACAAGUUGGAAAUAGAAUGUGAUAAUUUUGCCUCUGAGUCUGAGAGACUGCCACUGGACUACAAUGGGGAACUAGAGGGGUGCUGUACAGAACUACUUCGGAUCUUCGAAAACAUGGCAAAGAUACAUCAGAAAAUGGAAAGGUUGUGUUCAACAACUAAAGGAAUCUGUGACUUAGAAACAUACCAUCAUGGAGGUCACAAGAGACCACUAUUUCACACAUGGCUGACUUCCUAUUUCUAUGAUGUUUCUAUCAAGCUUAUAGAAAUGUACUCAAAAGAACUCAAACUUAAACAAACCAUUGUACAAGAGAUUGCUCAUACUGUUGACCAAGAUCUCCUGAUGGUCUACUUGUCAUCAUGGUUAUACCAGCCUUAUAUCGAGAACAGCAGCAAAGUACUACUAGAAAGUAUGUUGUUAGAAACAGGACACAGACCAGUCUAACGCUUCCUGUUUGGAAACCAACUUAAUCCUGCCCCGAAACCACUGAGUUGUGGGGGGAAAUGUCAAUACAUGUUGCAGACUUCAUUAACUUCCAGCUUGAGACAAAGUCCAAUUCUGAGGGGUUUUAUCUUGCCUUCCAGUGUGGCAGACUGAUGACAGCUUACAGUAACAUAAAAAAUAGAAUAAAACCAAUUCUAACAUGGAACACA